AUGGUUAACAAUUUACUUUUAUUAUUAUCACUACUAUUAUUCACUUCAUUUUCAAAUUGCAUCGAAGUUUCCGAAGAACUUAUUCUCAGGGGAGAGCCCCCACAACAAGGAGGUAACUAUUCCAUUUCAGGUACAUUUUCCAUUGUUGAUGCUUAUGUAUCGAAAUUUCAGCUUGGAGAUAUUGAUGUUGCUGAAGAGGGAAAAUUCUUCUUUUCUGCCACAUCUAUGUAUUCUUGCUUCCAUUUUCACAUUUUUGAAGUACGUUUUCAAAGUUUUGAGAACCAUGGAACUACCCGCUUAGAUUUCACUAAUUACGACACCUGGGGAAUUUCUUAUGAAAACGUAAGUAACUUUGGUGAUAUGGCGCUUUCCAAUGCUGUAAAGGCGAAUUGCAAAAUCGAACUGUUGGUGAACGAAGGUCGUCUAUUUCUUAAGAAUGUUGUAAAUGUGAAUGCCGCUUCUUUUGAAAACAAUGGGGAAAUUUGUCUUGGAGCCAGAAGCUGGUUAAAUAUCUAUGACAAACAUCCAAAAAGUGGACCAAACGGAUGCAUUAGUUUGGCCCCGGGAGGCACUGUUGAAAUUAUAGAAGAUUUGCUGUCAAGCUUUUGUUUUCAAGGUGACGGGGCCGAUGCAGUAAUGCGGUUUCAGAUACUCAAAAACAAUCCAGAUUCUAUUAAAGUGGCACAGUUCGGUGGAGAACAUAAUUUCUUAAACUCUCGCAAUUUAAUAGACCCAACACUCACAUACAGAGCACCAUAUUUAUAUGCUAUGGAGGCGUUUAGAAAGUAUACCUUUGACAUUGGAUUCGGAUAUGAUGAGAAAAAAUUUAGGAAAGACAGGGGACUGGGAUCAGUUUCGAUUAGCUACAUGGAUCCUGUUCCAGAUGGGGCUAAUAAAUGUCCCUGCAAAUGCGAGUUCACAAGUUAUACUGUGCCUGGUACCUUACCCACAAUUUCAACUCAGACAUCGUCUGGUCGUACUCGGACACUUACAAUUACUUUUAUUGGCAAUAAUUGGACCACAAUUGUUGAUCCGGAUCCUACUUCAAAAGCAGAGUUAACUACCUCAGAACCUAAGACGACUACGUCAGAAGAAGAAUCCACUAUCGAACCGGAUUCAGCUGCUUCUGAAAUAAAGCCCACUUUGGAACCGAGACAACUCCACAAACAGCCUUCAGAAACCGAAUCCGCUUCUCUAGAACUAGAAUCUAGAGCAUCAAACUAUACUGAACCAUCCUUAACGUCAGAAACCGAAGAGACUUCAGGUGCAACAUCCGAAGCUGUAACAACUAUUUCAUCUGUUAUAACUGCACCCACAGGAACUGGACGUUGCAUUACUGGAACGGUUACAGUCAGUCCAAUCAUCAUUACUGAAACUAUUCUCGUCUCUACAGAUGUUCCAAUCGACACAACAGUUGCAAUUAUAACAAGAACAGUGAUCGCUACAUAUCCUGAACCUGUCAUAUCGACUAUGAUAACUAGGAAAGUUGCUCCAACCUCCACUCGUGAAACUCGCGGUAUAUCAUCUGACGUUUCAGACAGCGUGUCGGGAUCAGGUACUCAAAGUUCACUUUCAACACUUGAUGCGAUCGUUCUAACUGCUGAAGGCUCAGGUUCGCGAGUUCUUAGUCAGAGGUUAUUGCUGUCUGGCGUGGCGGUUCUUUUGUUUGGUAUUUUAAUAUAA